UCGUCGGUCCCACGGCUUACUGAUCGCUCAGCCAAUGAGCAUUAGAGAAUCCAGUCCACCUGAUAGAGGUUGUUUGGAGGAUAACAGGCUGGAGAUACUCAUUCUUUCCUGCAUACGGUCAAAGAAGCAUCAGCUGUCCUAAGGUCUUCACAGAGACAACAAGCAACAACUGAACCACUCGGUUUUAAUCGGCAUCAACAGCACAGAAAGACCAGAAUGAACCUGCAGAAGGCCCCUGUCACGGUGGCCCUCUGUCUGCUGCUUCUUUGCACGCUGCUGCCCGGCUCUGAGGCCCGACGGGGCCGUGGAGGCGGUGGCUUUGGUCGAGGGGUAGGAGGAGGCUACAGCCGCGGAUGGGGUGGUCAGUCCUACAGACCUGCACCUGUUCAGGUACAGAGAAGUGGUCCAAGUGCUGGGAAAGUGGCCGGAGCAGCAGCGGCAGGAGCAAUAGGAGGAGCAAUGAUUGGGUCUGCUCUGAGCCGCCCUGGGUAUGGAUAUGGAUAUGGGGGGUAUGGAGGAUACGGAGGAUAUGGAGGGUAUGGGGGAUAUGGACCAGGAUACGGUUCCCCUCAUUUUGGAGGCGGCUACCGCCCAAGGCCUGGAUAUGAGCCAGAGGGCUCUGGAGACCUGGAGUACUACACUGCAGCAUCGAGUGGGCCCAUCUACAACAGCAUCGUUGUUGUGAUUGGCUUCAUAACGUCCCUGCUGAUGGGUAACUGCUUGGCUGUGAUGUAGAGCUGGAGACCAACCUUAGAUCUACUUUCCCCCACAGACCACAUAUCUGUCCUGGUAACAAGGAGCAAUAUAAACUCAUCUCCAGCCCAUUAAAUCUCUAAAGAACAUUUCAUAUAAUCACUUAAAUCAGCAUUCAUGGUUCCGCAAUCAUAUCCAUCCAAUUAAAGGGAGUCCCAUUAUGACAUCAUGCAUCAUCCAUUUCUCCAUCAAGACAUCAGAACAGGAGAGGAUUUAAAACCAGCUACAUACUUGAUGUUAUUAAAUUAUAUUCUGUCACAAUAUGGUCAAUUAACCUAUGUGUGUAUUUUAUAAAGAUCUAAUUCGGUUAGAGACACGUUCCUUUUCAUUUUGAAUGCUACUGUGUCCUACGCUUUGAUAGGUAUACCCUAUUUUAU